AUGUACAUGAAGUGGUCGACCGGUCUCACCGACGUGGGUGGCAUGGAAAUCCGUGCACUCCAGCUGAUGAACUACUCCGCACUUGGAGCAGUCUCCCCAUCUUCCAUUAUUCCAAGGAAUGUUCACAAGGACAACAUCGCCAACUGUGCUUGCACUAAGCUUUGUUUGAAUGCGGCAGUCAAUUCGUCGGAGAUGAACGGUAAACAUAAUGGAGUUGUAGUUCCAGUGUGUCUGCUUGCGUUCAUAGAUGUUUUUGUGGAAGACCUGGGUUGGAGCGAAUAA